AUGGCUGCCGACCAAGCUCGCGACGCCAAGGUUGACAAUGCCAUUGCCGCCGCCCAGGACCCCGACAGCACCUACACGGCUGAUGAUGCUCAGAACCAGAUGGUCGCCGAGUCUCGCAACGCUGGUGUCCCUGCCUUUACCUUUGAUCCUGAUGCCACUCCAGAGCAGAAGCUAGCACAGGCCACAGCUGCCAUUCCCCAAGAGCUUCGUCAAAGUCGCCCCGAAAGAUCUGUCGCCGUCGCCACUGACAUGGACGACGGAACCGGCCCCGUCGAAGAUUUGCCAGAAGCCUCCAAAGCAGGUGUUCUCGAUGUCGCUAGAGACGCCAGCGGCAAGCCAAUCGGCGACGGUGCCGACCCCGGCGCCAAGGAGCCUCCCUACAUGCGCACCGGCUGGGCUCCUAAGAUGGGCUGGCCCUCCGAAAAGACGUCCGAAUCCGAAAGCUUGCUAGACCACUCUACCUGGCUUGAGGGUAGACUGCCCGACUCGCUCUACGGAGCUAUUGUCAUUCUCGCAUGCAUCAUUUCCUGGCUUAUUGCUGUCCUCGGUGGCGGCCUCGGCUGGGUCCUCAUCGUCAUGGCUGCUUGCGCCACCUACUACCGUACCUCUUUGCGCCGCGUCCGCCGCAACUUCCGCGACGACAUCAGCCGCGAAAUGGCCCUCAAGAGGCUCGAGACCGACAAUGAAUCUCUCGAGUGGAUUAAUUCCUUCAUGGUCAAGUUCUGGCCCAUCUACCAACCCGUCCUCGCCCAGACCAUCAUCAACUCGGUCGACCAGGUCCUCAGCUCCUCUACUCCGGCUUUCCUUGACAGCCUCAAGCUCAAGACCUUCACCCUCGGAUCUAAGCCCCCGCGCAUGGAGCACGUCAAGACCUACCCCAAGACCGAGGAUGAUAUCGUCCUCAUGGACUGGAAAUUCAGCUUCACCCCCAACGACACCGCCGAUCUUACUUCUCGCCAGGUAAAGAACAAAAUCAAUCCCAAAGUUGUUCUUGAAAUUCGUAUCGGAAAGGCCAUGAUCAGCAAGGGCAUUGACGUCAUUGUCGAGGACAUGGCCUUCUCCGGCAUCAUGCGCCUCAAGAUCAAGCUGCAAAUUCCCUUCCCCCACAUUGACCGUGUCGAAAUGUGUUUCCUUGGACGCCCCGAAAUCGACUACGUUUGCAAGCCCCUUGGCGGCGAGACAUUUGGUUUCGACAUCAACUUCAUUCCCGGUCUGGAAAGCUUUAUCCUCGAGCAGAUCCACGGUACUCUUGGCCCCAUGAUGUACGAACCCAAGGUCUUCCCCAUUGAGGUCGCAAAAAUGCUCGCCGGUACUCCAGUCGACCAGGCCGUUGGUGUCUUGGCCGUAACGCUCCACGGCGCCCAAGGCCUCAAGAACACCGACAAGCUCGGCGGCACCGUCGACCCCUACGCCGUAAUCACCUUCAAUCGUCGCCAGGAGCUUGCCAGGACCAAGCACGUCCCGGACAACGCCAACCCUCGCUGGAACGAGACUCACUACCUCAUUGUCACUUCCUUCUCCGACUCGCUCGAUAUCCAAGUCUUUGACAAGAAUGAAUUCCGUAAAUCCAAGGAACUGGGUGUCGCCUCCUUUGCCAUGGAGGAUCUCGAGGAGCUCAACGUCCACGAGAACCAGCGCAUCGAGGUUCUCUCUGACGGCAAGGCGCGUGGCGUGGUCAACUGCGACCUGCGAUUCUUCCCUGUCCUUGCCCAGAAGAAGCUCGAAGAUGGCAGUGCUGAGCCUGCCCCCGAGUCUAACCAGGGUAUUCUCCGCUUUACUGUCGAACAGGCCAAGGAUCUCGACGGAACAAAGAGUCUUGUUGGCAGCCUCAACCCUUACGCCGAACUUUUACUGAAUGGCAAGUCUGUCCACCUGACCAAGAAGCUCAAGCGCACCAACAACCCUAUCUGGGACAAUGGCUCCAAGGAAAUUCUCAUUACGGAUCGCAGGUCCGCCAAGCUCGGCGUUAUUGUCAAGGAUGACCGCGAUCUCGCCGGCGACCAAGUCCUCGGCAAGUACCAGAUUAAGCUCGACGAAAUGCUCGACUGCAUGGAGCAGGGCAAGGAAUGGUACAGUCUGGCUGGCGUCCCCACUGGUCGCGUCAAGAUGAUGGCCCAGUGGCGACCUGUUGCUAUCUCUGGUGUUGCUGGAACCGGCGGCUACCAGACUCCCGUCGGCGUCAUGCGCCUGCAUUUCAAGCGCGCUACCGACCUGCGCAACUUUGAAGCUUUUGGAAAAUCCGACCCCUACGUGCGUGUUCUACUCUCUGGUAUCGAAAAGGGCAAAACUGUCACUUUCCGAAACGACCUCAACCCUGAAUGGGACGAGGUCCUAUACGUCCCGGUCCACUCUGAGCGCGAGAAGCUUACACUGGAAGUCAUGGAUAUGGAAAAGGUUGGAAAGGAUCGAAGCUUGGGUCUGACUGAACUCUCUGUCGGCGAUUUUAUGCAGCUGAACGAGCUCGGUGAGCAUAUGGUGCACGACAAGAAGGAAGACCGUCAAGGCGCCCUCCGUAUCCAUGGUAAGGGUGUCCCCAAGGGAACUGUUCACUACACCGCCGCUUUCUACCCCUGCCUCAACAUCGCGGAUCCUGAAGAGGAAGAAGAAGAAGAGGAGGCAGCUGCAAAGACCAAUGGUGAUGUCACCAAGGCCACUGCAAAGACCAAUGGUAAUGCCACCAAGGAUGUCACCCAGGCUGCCACCAAGGAUGCCACCAAGGAUACCACCAAAGCCGCCACUACAGAUGCCACCAAGGAUGCCACCAAAGCCGCCACCACAGAUGCCACCAAGGAUGACACCAAGGUGGCUGCGAUCAAGGACACAGCCAAGGAUGUCACGGACAAGGUUGCUCCUGCUGCUGGACACACCAAGGGCAAGCCUAGUCUUGACACAGCCAAAUCAAUCAAGUCGGCCAAGGGUCGCACCAGUCUGGAACAGGGUGGCGACAAGGAAACUGGGCCUCCCAGAAUUCACAUGAGCCCCGAACAGCUGCUCAGAGAAGAGAGCGGUCUGCUCAUCUUUCGCCUUCUCGAUGCGGAGAUGCCUGAUGCCCCUAGCCACCUUGAGGUCUGGGUGGACGACUACAUGUACCCUUCAUACACCACAAACAGCACCUCAACCAAGAGUUUCAAGUUUGACGAGAUUGGUGACUGCGUCAUUCGCGAGCUAGACUUUUCUAGACUCACGCUCAAGGCCAGGAAGAAGGGCGACGACAGCGAUCACGUUCUGGCAUCUCUCACUGGCAACACGCUUGAUACUUUGAAGCAGUGUCUCAACAACCCCACUAUUCUCAAGCUCAAGUCCGACGAUGGCAGGACCGGCUCUGUCAAGGUCAGCCUCAAGUACAUCCCUAUAAAGAUGACCCUUGACCCUAGCGAGAGCAUCAACAACAUGGGCAACCUUCGCCUCGAUAUUCUGGAUGGUGUCGAUCUGCCCUCUGCUGACCGCAACGGCAAGAGUGAUCCUUACUGCCGAUUUGAGCUCAACGGCCAGGACGUCUUCAAGACCAAGAUCAUCAAGAAGACUCUCAAUCCUACUUGGAAUGAAUACUUCGAGGUCCCUGUUCCUUCACGAACAGCUGCCAAGCUCAAGUGCACUGUCUGGGAUUAUGAUUUUGCUGACAAGCCUGAUCUUCUCGGCUCCACAGACGUGAACCUAGCCCAGCUAGAGCCUUUCAAGGCCUACGAGGCGCAGUACCCUCUCGACGGUAAGUCUGGUAGCGUGCGCAUGCGCAUGCUAUUCCGCCCAGACUAUGUUACCCGCCAAAGGCAAGGUACCUCGAACUUUGCUGGUACCUUUGGCGCGCCCACUCGUAUAGUUACUGGCGUUGCUGGUGCUCCCAUCAAGGGCGGCGUCGCUGUGGCUGGAGCUGUCGGCCACGGUGUCGGCAAGGGUGCGUCAUUUGUGCGCCGUGGUCUCUUCGGAAAGAAGGACAGCAACGGCACUGUGGUCGAGGUUGCCGAGCCUGUUGAAGCUGUCAACGCUGCUGUUGGCCAGCCCGGUGGUGGUCUCAGGAAGGCACCUACGCUCGAUACGGCUGCCCGCAGAGAUGUGACACCCACUCCUAUCGGCAACCCAUCGAUGCCUAUCCCAUCGAUUGAGACUCCCGGCUCUGCGCACAGACGCGCCCCUAGCAUCGGUGCUGCUUCUAUCCAGAGUGGCAUGCCUGGUGCGCCCAGCGGCACCGCCGUUUUCACAAUCGUUAGCGCCGCUGGCUUCCCUAGUUCUACUGAUCUUUACAUCGCGGUCUCACAAGUUUCGCCAAAGGAGAAGAUUGUAGGCAAGACGAAGCAUUUCAAGUCCUCAACGGGCGAGUGGUCGAUCGACGAGGACUUUAAGUUUAGCUGUGCCGCCGAUUCUCAGUUCAAGGUCGAGGUCAAGGGAAAUCACACCUUUGGCAGCGACGACGCCUUGGGAGACCAUCCCUACUUUGUCGACGAGACUCAUGGCGGCCCCAAGGAGCUUACAAUUGGCGGUGGCACCGUUGUAAUCAAGAGCACCUUCCAGGCUGCUGACACUGCCAGUAUCAGAGACAGCCCCCGUUCGUCUAGCAUCCGAAGAAGCAUGCUGUUGAAGCGAGGCGAGUCGUCGCGCAUCAGUCGGGACACUACGCCGAACCCGUGA